UACCUCACCAUCUGCCUCUGGCAAACAAUUUGCUUUUUACUCUCUCUCUCUACUCUUGGGAAUUACGGUUUGCAAUACAGAUGCUAGAGGCCAUCAUGUUUAAUCCUUUAUCUACUUUCAGCACACAUCUCCCAUCCCAAACGAUUCCUCCAACCAUCAUUGACUUAGUGAUCCCUUCUCUAUUCCAGCUGCCUUCUCUCCCAGCUCAUGAGGCAGACUUCCAACCAUGGGCAAUCUUUCUGGCCCUUGUCUCUACUGCUUUUUAUUAUGUUAUUUUAUAUUCUACCAAUGAGUGCAGUCAUUCUAUGUCUGUCCCUCUCUGACUCAUUUCACUUAGCAGGAUACUCUCAAUGUCUAUCCACUUAUAAGCAAAUUUCAUGACUUCAUCUUUCCUAACAGCUGCAUAGUAUUUAAUUGUGUAGAUGUAGCAUAGUUUCUGCAACCAGUUGUCUGUUCUCGGGCAUUCAGGUUGUUUCCAGAUUCUGGCUAUUGUGAACAGAGCUGCAAUGAGCAUACAGGUGCAGAUGUCAUUUCUACUGUGCUUUUUUCCACCCCUGCAUAUAUUUCCAGAAGUGGUAUUGCUGGGUCAUAUGGAACCUCAAUUUCUAGUUUUUUAAGGAAUGCCUAUAUUAUUUUCCAGAAUAGCUAGACCAGUUGGUAUUCCCACUAACAAUGAAAGAGAGCCUGUGGGUUUCUCUUGAGGGGAGUUCAGUGGGCCCCUGGUGCAGUCCUUGGUCUGAGGGAAUUGUGGGCAGCAGGGACAGAGGGCGGGACUGUAGAGCUGGGAGGACCUCAGCAGAGAGUGACGUGAGUAGAACACAGGAUGGGAGAGGUGGCAGGUGGUGAGGUCGGCGUUGAGGUAACCAGGCUGGGACAAGGCUGUGUGGGGAGUAAGUUUUUGGAGGGAUCCCAGUAUGGGGCAGGCUCAGCUGCAGCUGACAGAGGAGAGAAGCCGCAGAUGAGUGAGUGCUGGGCAAGCAGCCUAGGAGGCCUCCUGAGGAGAACUGGGAAGAACUCUGUAUACACACACACAUGUACAUGCACAUGCACACACACACACACACACACGCAUGCACACAGACGAUGGGCCAGCUGCCUCGCAGGCCUAGAAGUUGGUGCUCUUGUGUCCCUUCUCUCUCGCAGAACCAAGGAGAGCAUGUACCACUCGCUGACAUAUGCCACCAUCCUGGAGAUGAAGGCCAUGAUGACCUUUGACCCUCAGGACAUCCUGCUGGCUAGCAACAUGAUGAAGGAGGCACAGUCGUUGUGUCAGAGGCACCGGAAGAAGUCCUCAGUCUCGGAUUCCUUCAGCAACCUGGUGCACCGGCCCACGAUGGACCAGUUCACGGAAGAGGAAAUCCACGCCGAGGUCUGCUAUGCAGAGUGCCUGCUGCAGAGAGCAGCCCUGACCUUCCUGCAGGAUGAGAACAUGGUGAACUUCAUCAAGGGCGGCAUCAAAGUGCGAAACAGCUACCAGACCUACAAGGAGCUGGACAGCCUGGUACAGUCGGCGCAGUAUUGCCAGGGGGAGAGCCACCAGCACUUUGAGGGCGGCGUGAAGCUCGGCGUGGGAGCCUUCAACCUGACUCUGUCCAUGAUGCCAACGAGGAUCCUGCGGCUCCUCGAGUUCGUGGGCUUUUCCGGGAACAAGGACUACGGGCUGACACAGCUGGAGGAGGGCGCCGCCGGCCACAGCUUCCGCGCCGUGCUCUGCCUCAUGCUGCUGCUCUGCUACUACACCUUCCUCACCUUCGUGCUCGGCAUCGGCAACGUCAACAUCGAGGAGGCCGAGAAGCUCCUGGCGCCCUACCUGAAGCGGUACCCUAAGGGCGCCAUCUUCCUCUUCUUCGCCGGCCGUAUCGAAGCCAUUAAAGGCAACGUGGAUGAGGCCAUCCGGCGGUUCGAGGAGUGCUGUGAGGCCCAGCAGCACUGGAAGCAGUUCCACCACAUGUGCUACUGGGAGCUGAUGUGGUGCUUCACCUACAAGGCCCAGUGGAAGAUGGCCUACUUCUACGCCGACCUGCUCAGCAAGGAGAACUCCUGGUCCAAGGCCACCUACAUCUACAUGAAGGCUGCCUACCUCAGCAUGUUCGGGAAGGACGACUGCAAGCCGUUUGGCGACAAUGAAGUGGAGCUGUUCAGAGCUGUGCCAGGCCUGAAGCUGAAGAUUGCUGGGAAAUCUCUGCCCACAGAGAAGUUUGCCAUCCGGAAGUCCAGACGUUAUCUCUCCUCCAAUCCUGUCACCUUGCCUAUCCCAGCUCUGGAAAUGAUGUACAUUUGGAAUGGCUACGCAGUGAUUGGGAAAGAGCCGGAACUCACAGACGGGAUACUUGAAAUUAUCAUCAAGGCUGAAGAGACUCUGCAGAAGGGCCCAGAGAACGAGUACUCAGUGGACGAUGAGUGCCUGGUGAAGUUGCUAAAAGGCUUGUGUCUGAAGUACUUGGGCCGCACCCAGGAAGCUGAGGAGAACUUCAGAAGCAUCUCUGCCAAGGAAAAGAAGAUCAAAUAUGACCACUACCUGAUCCCAAAUGCCAUGCUGGAGCUGGCCCUGCUGUUUAUGGAGCAAGGGAAAAAUGAAGAUGCUGUCAAACUCUUAGAAACUGCCAAACAAAACUACAAGAACUACUCCAUGGAAUCAAGGACACAUUUUCGAAUCCAGGCAGCCACACUCCAAGCCAAGACUUCCUUAGAGAACAGCAACAGACCCCUGGUCUCGUCAGUAUCCUUGUAGCUUUGUGCAGCACUCCCAGGCUGAAGACAGACACAGCUAACAAAGCUCCUGGAAACAUUUCAAAACAAUUCCUUCUCCCAUGCCCUGCCUGACCUGACCUGCCUUUGGGAUCACUGGUGUGCCCAGUGAAGGACACCACAGAGGUAUCCGUGCAGAAGUGAAGCCAGCAAUUUCACCAGUGUGGCCAAGGGCCUUUGCCAAGAACUGAGCAGGUGGAGCACACGGACUGCCCUACACACAUACGGGUACUUGUUUUUUUCACUGUGAUGUUUAAGAGAAUGUAUAAAGUUUACAUUUUCCUUAGAAAUAUAUUGAUGAGAUCAUAGUUGGCUUAAAAAAAAAAACACCACCAACCAAUCACCUGUAAAUCUUUGUUUUAACUGAUUGUUCUCAAAAGCAUUCUCAUAACACCAAAGACCAAACUGCUUUUCAGUCUUCAGCAAGGGCUAGAAAGACUUCUCAGAGAACCCGAGGGAUCCAGGAGGACCUGAAGGAUCUGCGCUGUCUGGGGUUUGGGCACAAGGGUUACACAUACACUUCACUCCUCUCUCUCUAAGUUAAUUUUCAUUUCCUAGCUCUUCAAUUUAACAACAAAAAAGAUCAAACAUGUCCUUUGAGUCUACCAGUCCGGAAUGGGGAAUCUGAGGCCUGCUGAAAGAGGAACUGGGCAGCCCUUUCUGUACCAAAGUCAAGAAGUUUCAGGGAAGGUCCUGAAACGAGCUUGCAAGACAAAACACAGGGAAGCAUUUAUUAAAGAAACCUUUCGUACUUCGCUCUUAAGUAUACUGAUCUACUAAGAGUAUUUUUUUCCUCAACAGUUAUUUUCAGGCUGAUUAUAUACAUUUUAGGCUUUUCAGUUAAAAGAGAUACUGAAUAAAACACACUUAAA